GCUUUAUGCUUCCACACAUUACUACUACAACUACUAUAAAAAACCAAACUUAUCUCAUUUUCUCACUUGCUCAUACCACAAACCAAACUCACAAAUUUUAGUUAAAAAAAAAAAGAGAAUCCAAAUUUAACUUCAGUCAUAUCAAUAUCUCUGACCAAAAAUUUUGUGAAGAAUAUUUGUCAAAGAAUCUUCAGAACAUUUUUCAGAAAAAAAACUUCUUAAUCAACAAUCUUUUUUUUUUGUUACAUCAUAUAUUCUUCCUUUUCUCUUCAUCAAGAUUAUAUUCCACCUUUAACUUUCUUUUAAAAAAAAUGUAUCAAUUUCCAAGUUUUUAUGAACUAGGGGUGAAUACAUGUUCAGAUUCAUAUAAUAAUUUUCUUCAUGAAUUUAUAAAUUCAUCAUCAAGUGAUCAAAUGUUUAAUAAUAAUAAUAAUAUUAAUUAUGUUGAAAGUUCAAGUGUUAGUCCAAGAUCAAUGGCUGAAGCUAAAGCAAUUGCAGCAAAUAAAAGUCAUAGUGAAGCUGAAAGAAGAAGAAGAAAAAGAAUUAAUGGACAUCUUGCUACUCUUAGAACUCUCCUUCCCAACACUAUCAAAACAGACAAGGCCUCUUUACUAGCAGAGGCAGUUAGGUGUGUAAGGGAGCUAAAAAAGACAACAUCAGAACUAGAAGCAACAACAACAACAAUGUCUGAAUACGACGACAACGACGACAACAAGGAUCACACGACAUUUAUGAAGACAGUAAUGUUUCCGAGUGAAUCGGACGAAUUAAAUAUAAGUUACUGUCGUAGUAAUAGUAGUAGUAGUAAUAAUAACAGUACUGAUAAUUCGAACGAAACGUUGAUAAUAAAAGCAUCAAUAUGUUGUGAGGAUAGGCCAGAUAUAAUGAUGGAAUUAAAAAGGGCAUUAAAUAGUGUACAAUGUAAAGUUGUAAGGGCAGAAAUGUCAACAGUAGGAGGGAGAAUUAAGUGUGUAUUGUGGCUAGAAUUGUUAGAAAAUGGAUGCAAAGAUGGGCUAUUAGUGCAAUUAAGAAGGGCAUUGAAAGUGGUUAUGGAUAAAAAUAAUUUUGGCCCACAAAAUAUGGGCCAAGAUUUGUUGGGGAACAAAAGGCCACGUUUACUUGGGGGACCAAUGAAUUAUGUUUGACAAAAUGGAUAAUUUUAUCGUGGUUCGAUCCUUCUCUGAACUUCACGUACAGUGAAAGUUUUAGUGCACCGAACUAUCCUGGAAAGUUUUAAAGUUACAAAGAUUUUUGGACAUGUGGCUCGAACCUUUUUCAAACUUCACGUACAGUGAAAGCUUUAGUACAUCAAACUGUUCUGACGGCUCUGAAGAGUCAAAGAUUUGUGGACAUAAUGAGCAAAAAUUGAAAGAGAUGUCAAUUGUGGCCAAAAAAGUAAAGUGGUACAUUAUUAAGUUUUUUUUUUUUUGGGCUCUUGUUCUUUUUGUUUUCUAUUGAGUGUGUUUGUAUGAUUAAUUUACUCUUUGGAUUUGUAUUAAGUGUGGAGUAAUUUGGUUGAAGGUAUUAGAGAAAAUAAUAUAGGUAUUAGCUUUGGUAUUUUAUAGUUUCUUAUUUGAUAGAGUGUUCAAGUUAUGUAUAAUUAAUAUUAUCGUGUUCAGUACUAUUCUUAUGUUGAUCGUA